CCUUCCGUCUUGGAGAAGCGCGGCCUGAGGCGGCGCCGGGCCCCGGCUGCCGGCCCCGUCACCGCUCCAAGGCCGCCUCGAAGCGGCGGGCCCGGCCUCCCGGUGUGGCGGUGGCAGAUCACCCAGAAGACACAAUGAGCGUCAAAGCUUUCAAGCUCGUUUCUGCUGUUGAGCGGGAGAUGUUAAUGGGAGACAAGAAUUACAUCAACAUUGAAUGCAUUGAGUGUUGUGGAAAGAACCUCUAUAUUGGAACCAAUGACUGCUUUAUCUAUCACUUUCUGUUGGAUGAAAAGGUAUCAGCAGCUGGAAAAAUAACUUUUGCUGCCACCAAGCAACUGCAUAAAUACCUGGGCUUGAAGAAGCCUGUGAGUGAGUUGAAAGCGGCCUCUGCCCUCACCAGGCUUCUUGUGCUUUGCGACAACACAAUAACACUAGUUAACAUGAUGAACUUGGAACCUGUCCCCACUGGCGCUAGAAUCAAAGGAGCUGUGACAUUCGCAUUAAAUGAAAACCCUGUGAGUGGGGAUCCUUUUUGUGUCGAAGUCUGCAUUAUCUCAGUCAAGCGGCGGACCAUUCAAAUGUUCAUGGUGUUUGAAGACAGAGUCCAGAUAGUGAAGGAAGUGUUUACUCCAGAGCAACCCUGUGCCGUGGCUGUAGAUGGUUAUUACUUAUGUCUUGCACUUACUACACAGUAUAUCAUUUUGAAUUAUAAUACUGGCGUCUCCCAGGAUCUAUUUCCUUAUUGCAGUGAUGAGAAACGGCCAAUUGUGAAAAGGAUAGGCAGACAAGAGUUUCUGUUGGCUGGCCCCGGAGGCCUAGGCAUGUUUGCAACUGUAGAUGGCAUUUCACAGCGUGCCCCUGUGCACUGGUCAGAAAACGUGAUUGGAGCAGCUUUGUGCUUUCCUUACGUCGUUGCUCUCGAUGAUGAGUUCAUUACAGUGCACAGCAUGCUGGACCAGCAGCAAAAGCAAACCCUGCCUUUUAAAGAAGGUCACAUUCUACAGGACUUUGAAGGGAAGGUGAUUGUUGCUACUAAUAAGGGUGUGUAUAUCUUGGUGCCGCUACCUUUGGAAAAACAGAUUCAGGAUCUUCUAGCUAGCCACAGAGUGGAAGAAGCCCUUGUUCUAGCAAAAGGAGCUCGAAGGAAUAUUCCAAAAGAGAAAUUUCAGGUAAUGUACAAACGAAUCCUGCAGCAAGCAGGUUUUAUACAGUUUGCACAGCUUCAGUUCUUUGAAGCAAAAGAACUCUUCAGAAGCGGCCAGCUUGAUGUCCGGGAGCUGAUCUCUCUCUACCCCUUCCUGUUGCCUACUUCCUCUUCAUUUAUACGGUCUCAUCCCCCUCUGCAUGAGUACGCGGACCUAAAUCAGCUGACCCAAGGUGACCAGGAGAAGAUGACAAAAUGCAAACGGUUCCUCAUGAGUUACUUGAAUGAAGUCCGCAGCACUGAGGUUGCAAAUGGCUACAAGGAAGAUAUUGACACAGCUUUACUCAAGCUAUAUGCAGAGGCAAAUCAUGAAAGCCUGCUGGAUCUGCUAGUUUCGGAGAACUUUUGUCUUUUAACAGAUAGUGCUGCCUGGCUGGAAAAACACAAAAAGUAUUUUGCCCUUGGUCUCCUGUAUCACUACAAUGGUCAGGAUGCUGCAGCACUUCAGUUAUGGGUGAAAAUAGUUGAUGGAGACAUUCAAGAUUCUACACGUUCAGAUCUCUAUGAAUAUAUAGUAGACUUCCUUACAUUCUGCUCAGACCAAGAUCUAGUGUGGAAAUACUCUGACUGGGUUUUACAAAAAAGUGAAGAGGUUGGCGUACAAAUUUUCACUAAAAGGUCUUUGGAAGAACAGGAGAAAAACAACAUUAAUCCAGAUGAUGUCAUCAGUUGCCUUAACAAAUAUCCUAAAGCACGUGUUAAAUAUCUAGAACAUGUAGUAUUGGAAAGAAAAAUAGAGAAAGAAAAGUACCAUACUCAUCUAGCUGUCUUGUACUUGGAGGCAAUACUUCAGCUAAAAUCUGUGACCACAGAUAAUUGUACAGAAACAACUGAACUGCUGUUUAAACUACGCAGUCUUCUUCAGAAAUCUGAUCUGUAUAGAAUUCACUUUAUUUUGGACAAAAUCCAGGGCACAGACCUUCAUAUGGAAAGUGCAAUUUUAUAUGGAAAACUAGAAGAACAUGAGAAGGCUUUGCAUAUCCUUGUCCACGAGUUAAAGGACUUCCAUGCUGCUGAAGAAUACUGUAUAUGGAACUCUGAGAACAGAGACACGCAGUACAGACGGAGGCUUUUCCAUAUGCUGCUGUCAGUGUAUCUAAAUCCAGGCAGUUCGGAUUGUGCACUAGUCAUGGCUGCUGUGGAUCUCUUGAACAACCACGCUGCUGAAUUUGAUGCGGCUCUAGUUCUGCAGGUGGUGCCUGACAGCUGGUCAGUGCAGCUCCUCUCCCCAUUCCUGGCUGGAGCAGUGAGGCAAAGCAUUCAUACAAAAAGAAUGACUCAGACUGCACUUGGGUUAGCACAAGCUGAAAACUUAAUCUACAAACAUGAGAAGGUUAAACAAAAAGGAACCCCAAUUCUUCUUUCGGACAAAAAGGUCUGUCAGGUGUGCCAAAAUCCUUUCUGCGAGCCUGUAUUUGUAAGAUACCCAAAUGGGGGUAUGGUCCACACGCACUGUGCUGCAAAGAAACAUCUGAAUUCAAACAUGACUCAUCACUCUUCCAGCUCCAGCAAUCAGACUUGAAAUAUGUUCCGGUCCCACAGGUUCCCAUGACUUAUACCCCAUUGAAAGUGGGCUGGAAAAAAGAACAAAGUGCAGCUACUUUAGGUAUAAAUCAAGAUGAACAGCUAGUCUUUGGGUUAAUGGGAAGACUUCCAGUAAAUAUGAAAUAUUGCCACUUAUCUUUUUGAUUUCUAAUGAAUGUAGAUAGAAAAGAAAAUUCACUACCAGAAAUGGAGAGGUGCAAAUAUAGGCUCUUCUGUAUAUAGUAAUAAACGGUUAAAGAAAAUGAGCCUUUUCUUCACAGUAAGGAUGAAUGUUAUGGAGACAAGGCAAACAGUUAUUUUAAGAAAUGUCGCUUUGCACUGAAUGUGGUGUUGAUAAAUUUGUAGAGGUGGAGAUGGCAUCUAUUGCAGUUGGAAUUCUUGGAACGUUACGUGACAAGACUGGCAUCAUGCAGCUUACUAUCAAGACAAAAAUGUGCGUGGUUAUAAUGUUUGCUGCAGCAUGUCCUCUUUUUGGGCUGGAUUCUCUUCCCCAGGAUCACAUUAUGAACUUGAUUUUCGCUCUACAAAUUGUUGGCUUUUGAUGCACUUUUUAGUCCUUUCGGCCCUCCCCCGCCGCUAUAUAGAAUUUAAAUAUAAACACUGGUCCGUUAGGUUUCUACUCCUACAGUUACUGUAAUAAACUGAGUGGAAACUGAUAGCCUCAGUCACACAGCUGUACUUGGAAGAAAAAAAAAAAUUAAGUCAGAUAUAUCUGGUCAGACUGUAGUCACUUUUAUAUGGGGGAAGAGACCUUAACUUUAAUAUUGAUUUAUUUAUUAAUAUGCAAAUAUACUGUACAUACAGUUGAAUAAAUUGAUAUUAUAUCAUUCUAGACUUUCUUCGGAGGAUAAAGGUGUAGCUGAUACAUAAGUGUACAGGUUAUGUGCUAAAUGUUUGCUAUAACAUACCUUAGGCAGAUUGGAACUCCACAAGAAUAGAUUUUAGUACUUGUGGAUAACUUUGUGCAAUCAAGAUCACGGAAAGAAGGUAUAAUUGGGAAGAAAUCUACAAAGGUGCACUACAGUGGUACUGGAUUGUUACAUUCUAGAAAACAUUCUGUAAACUAAAGUGUUUCGAAUAACAACAAAAACCCUUAACUUAACUGCCCUGAUAAGUAUUCACAUUGCUCUUUAACCAUUUUAAAGUAAUCAGUUUAAAAGAAGCAGCUUCCCACAAGAGAGGUUCAAAAAUGAUGACUUUAAAUAAAAAUUAAGUAUUUCAAAGUCAGAGUAUUUCUUUUAAUUCUAUAAAGCUCUAAUAAAUGCCAAGCUUACUGGCCAGCAUGCCACUGAGUUAGUAUGGCUGCUCUGUUUCAGCAUUCCAAAUCAGAGUGAAGACUUUCAGCAAAAUGAGGUGUCUGCAUGGUAUCUUCUAGAUGCAGUCUCAGCAGAGGUCUCCUGAUACAGAAAGGUUGGCUUCUGAAACAGCCUUGUAAGCAUAGUGCUGCCUCCAGGAAAGGUCAACCAGACUACAUCCAGGGGAAAAAAAUACCCAUUUCUUUGUCUUCGAAGCAAAAGACCUUUGGAUCUUUCUCUUCCCUGAGAUAGAAAUUAGAAAAGUGUAGCUGUUGUGUUGCAUUUUAGAAAAUAAAUAAAAUCCAAGUAAGGAAUUUUGUAGCACUUUCUACUGAGACGUGUAAGCCGUGUUUAGUGAAAGGCACCUUCAAAAGAGACAAAUGUGGGCAUUUCUGACUUAAUUCUGGCAUGAGUGAUUCUCCUGUGGCACUGGUAUGAGUAGAUUCUUCUGUAUCUUGUAUUCAUGGUUUUCAAACAUUGUGUGUACAACUGGCAAUGAUGACAUAGACAAAUUUGUGGUCCCCUGUCCUCAAAAUUCUUGCUGAUAGAGACAAAGUGAUUUUUACAAAGAUGUGAUAAGCCUUUUGUGUACAGUAGCAUGCGAUUCAUAAGAAAUACUUUCUUUUGCUGCAAGCAUCCUCAGUAUGCUCUUUGUUAAGGAGGUACUAAAACAAAGACCAGUCUCCAUGAUUAAGACUAAUUCUAGCCACCAGGUAGUGAUGAACUUAGUCUUGUCAACUAAUGUUGCAAUGGAAUGGAGAUCAUAUCAUUCCAGACCACAAGAAAGUUCUUAAUUGUUAUUGCAUGAAAAGGUAUGUCUGUAAAAGAUUCAACAUUUGUUUAUUAAUAUUUAAUAUUUUUUCAGAUUUGUACUUUGGCUAAAAUGCAGCAGUAACAAUAAUUGUACAUACAGAACAAAUACAGAAAUCAGAGUAAUGCAAGGUAGCAUAUCUGGAAGCAUAGGUGACCAAAAGGGUGAUUAAUGUUUAAGUUGGGGGAUCUAAUUCUUUUAGCCCCCCAGAAACGUGGACUGGAAAAAUAUUUGAUUCAUACAUUGUUACCUGUUUCUUUGUUAAAUUUUUAUACUAGAACUCAUUUGGAUGAAUUAAUAUGGAAGUCCCAUGGUAACAAAAAGAAAAAGCACAAAAACUAAUGGGAGGCUGAGGUAGAGCAAGAGCUCAGCAGGGAGGUGGCAGGUGGAGGAUGCUCUUCCAGUGUGCAUGCAGCGUUUGAGCAAUUGGAUAACACUCGACCAGAGGAGAUGACAACCUGCGUCCAAGUGGUGCGUGAAAUUCUGUACUUUAUCACCAGGAAGUUUAUGAAAAGUGUGCAUUCAGAUUUCCUUAGGUAGGACAAGUACAACACCCCUUGGGUAAGAGAACUUCACAUUGGAGAACCUGAGUUCAUUCCUCCUUUUCCUUUGGCGCUGUCAGUUUGCUCAUUUUUGUUUUAUGUACCUGAAGUCCCGGACAGCAUCGCUACUGUGGUAAGUUGUUCUGCAGCAGCAAGGAGGGAAUGAAUGGUAAUCUGGUUAUUAAUUGCUACUGGAUACGUGAAGGAGGAGAGGCAGGGAAGAGGAAUAUUUCUUUGACCAUCCUUCUAAUUUGGAAAUUAAAUGGGUUGUGGGAGUUUAAGCUUGAUGCAAUCCUUUUCUUUCCAGUUUGGGAAUGUGGUGUCUUAGACCUGCCCUUGGAGAGAGGAGAUUCUGUCAGACUAUUUCUUCUUAAUUUAGCUCUUGCUAACUUAUUUGUGUUUGUAUCUCAUCUCUCUCACUUUUUUGUUCCAGUGAUUCUCCUUCAACUCUGUAUGUGUGAAAACCAAAACAGUAGCACAGAUUUUUUUUUUUUUUUUUUUUUUUUUCCCCAUGUGAGAGUGCACCUGUGAUUCAGGACAUAAUAAAUGAGAUUAGUCUCUCACACAGAUGCUUUUGCAGAUAGAGGCAUGUUUGCUUAACAUGUAGCUUCUAAUUACAGAAAUAUUGCAGCUCUGACUUUUUUUAGCCAUCCUCCGUUACAGUUGCUGAUACAUACAAAAAGCACUCGUUAAACCCUUUCUAUUCUUUCGUAUCUCCACACUUCCUCACAUAAGAAUUACCUGAUGUGUAUAUGUCAUCAUAUGCAGUUUUUCCCCUCUCUAAGUCAAAAAGAGAGGAAAAAUACUAAUGAGAAAAAAAUUGCCCAGAAUCUGGCACUCUGCUUGAAAUAAGAUUAAUGGCUGUACAUCUAUGAGAAAGAAUUCAGUUAGAUCUUAAUUUCUGUCACUUAAAGGGCUAAGUUAUCACACUGAUAAUAUUACAAGAAUACUGAUCUCAAAAUCUGGAGAAAAUAAGCAAUUGGUAUUUGUUACACAGAGUGUACCACAGGUACCUGUGAACUGACUUCUUCAGGCAGCCUGUACUUCGGUGGCUCAGGUGGGCACAGGAGUCUGGAUUGCAAUGAGAACUUCUCUCUUUGCUCCCCCUGCUCCCAGUCUCCAGCCUUUGUUACCUGAUUGUCACUCUUCUAGCACUUAAUUGACAUGGGUGUAAAUCUUGAGAGCUCUGGGUGGACUCCUGAGCACAUCUCUCUUUGUUCUAUAAAAUGUCACUUUAUUAUAUCAACCAUGUGAAACCGUAAUAAUGUCAACUGUGGAAAGGUGGUGGUAGGGAUGGAGUAAGCGUAUCUUUUCCGAGACCUUUAUUACGUGUUUGAACACACAAGCAUUAUCUUGACUCUGAAUCUUUAUAACAACGUCUGUUCUUUGCAGGACUGCUAUCCUGAAUGACAUUAAAAAAUACUCUGUUUAUACAGUUGUAUCAAGAAGUAACUUUAUUUUAUUACUCUUCCCAGUUUGCUGCAGUCUCUAUUCAGCAUAGCUCUAAGUCUUUUAUUAACAUCCUGCUGUUUAUAAUAAGCAGCAACUCAUACGUUUUCGUUGUGAGCUCUCCUCCUAUUGCCUAUAUUUACUAAUUAAUUUUUCUCUUGCUGUACAACACUUUGGGGCUUAUGCCUUGUGAACACUGAUAAUUAAAUGUGCUGCUACUUUUAAAGGGAAAAGAAGUAGUUAAUGACAUUCUGUAAUGUCUGAUUGAUUACAAAACUGAAGUUCCCCUGCAGUAGAUUUGUUCAGAUGGAAAUCUGUACUGUUAACGCUUUCUGACUUAAUGGUUAUGUUGGUGAACAUAUACAGCAGUAUGUGGAAUGUACAGAUGUGUAAAUAUGUUGAUUUUUAAUAAAAAAAUCUUUUAAUUA